UUUCAUGACACGACACGGUGGCAGCCCAUAAGGAAACGUGUUUAUCUUGAAAGCACCCGGCAGAGACGGCAAGGAAGGGGCUGAGCUGGUGGGAAGACCCCAUUUCUCAAACCCAGCUUUCUACACGGAAUUAUUCAAAGGGAAACCUUAUCAAGCAGCCUUCCAGCUUGGUGUCAUCCAUCUUCCAAAGGUUUCGCGUGGACAGAGCCCAGAGCCGGGCGUGCCCCAGUUUGGGAUAAUCGUUUCAGCACUUCGGACAGCGCCCCGGGAGUGGCCCUUGGGUUGGCUAUGGCGAGCGUUCAGCAAGGCGAGAAGCAGCUUUUUGAGAAGUUCUGGCGAGGAACCUUUAAAGCUGUGGCCACCCCGCGUCCUGAGAGCAUCAUUGUCGCCAGCAUUACAGCCCGCAAGCCUCUGCCAAGGACAGAACCCCAGAGCAGCCCCAUGGCUCCAGGUCAGGAUGGACCCUCUGGAAAGCUGAGCCAGCAUCUGGCCACAGAGGCCUCGGGCACCAGCUGGGAGAGAGACAAGGCCUGCCGGGAGCGCAGUCCUGCGAGAGCACGCAGCACCUCCCGCGACAAAGAUCGGACGCCACCGCCGUCCUCCAGGGGGAAGAAGAAGAAGAAGAAGUCUACCCGGAAGAGGAGAAGGAGGUCCCCGUCCUAUAGCUCGUCGCCUGUCAAGAAAAAGAAGAAGAAGAGUUCCAAGAAGCAUAAGCGGCGCAGGUCGUUCUCCAAGAAGAGAAGGCACAGCUCCUCCAGCCCAAAAAGCAAGAGAAGGGAAGAGAAGAGGCACAAAAAACAAUCGCGAAGCCGGCCCCGAAAGUCUCACCGCCUCCGCCACCACCACAGGCCCUCGCGGUCCCAGAGCUCGGAGUCCCGGUCCUCCAGCUGCGAGAGCAGGCACCGCGGCCGGUCCCCCGAGGAAGGGCGGAAGUCUCGCCACAGGCACUCCCGCCGCUGCUCCAAGACCCUCGGCAAGGCCAGCCCCCAGGCCCAGUCCAGCCACCCGCCUAGCCAGCCCCUCCAGAUGCUCAGCCUCCUGUCCGCCAGGGGUGUAAUCACUGGGUCGGGGUCUGCUGCUGACCUCUUUACCAAAACAGCCAGCCCGCUCGCCACCCGCCGCGGCCGCUCCCAGGAGUACGACUCAGGCAACGACACCUCCUCGCCACCCUCCACGCAGAUCAGCUCCAGCAGGUCUCGGGGUCCGGAGAAGGAGAGCCCCGGCGGGGAACGCAGCCAGGGCCGGGACCUCAACAGCGGCAACACCUCUGAUUCAGGGAACUCCUUCACCACCUCCUCUCCCCAGAACAAGGGGACGGCUCCCGAGAAUCUCUCCCCCACCAGCAGGGGCAGAGAGCCAAGGGGACGGCAGUCGCCGGUGAAGUCCAGUGCAGUCCCGCCCACAGCCCAGAGCUCCCCCAGGAGAGGGUGCUCCCGCAGCUCCUCCCAUGCCAGCACCCGGUCUUCCAGCCGCUCCUCCCGAUCCCCCAGCCCCAGGGCCUCCCCCAGGUACACCCGGAGCCGAUCCGCCUCCUCUGGGAAAAGGUCCUACUCGCGCUCUCCCAGCUACUCCUCCAAGUCUGGCAAGAGGAGCCCGCCCAGCAGAAGCUCUGGAUCCCGCCGCAGCCCCAGCUACUCCCGCUACAGCCCCAGCAGGGAGCGGGACCCCAAGUACAACGAGAAGAACUCGCAGCAGCGGGAGCGCGAGCGACCUCGUAGGAGACGGAGGUCCUACUCGCCCAUGCGGAAGCGCCGGAGAGACUCCCCGAGCCACCUGGAGGCGCGGAGGAUAACCAGCGCCCGGAAACGCCCCAUCCCCUACUACCGGCCCAGCCCCUCCUCGUCCAGCGGCCUCAGCAGCACCUCCUCCUGGUACAGCGGCAGCAGCAGCCGCUCCGCCAGCCGCAGCUACUCCCGCAGCCGCAGCCGGACCCGCACAAGCAGCAGCUCCAGCUCCCGCAGCCCCAGCCUGGGCUCCCGCAGCCGCAGCCGCAGCCGCAGCCGCAGCCGGAGCCGGAGCCGGAGCCGCAGCUCCAGCUCUGCAGACAGCGACUCCAGCACAAGGCGCUAA